AUUUACGAGAAAAAUCUAUGUUUUUAUAUGUUUUGCUGUAGGAUUGUACUGUACAAUGUUGUAGGCUGUGCCGGCACUUACAGCCAAUGAGUUAUACAUUGUCUUUGCUGUUUGUGAAUUAUGUGUGCAUACAGAGAAUAGAAACUGACUGCUGUUUAAUGACAUGUUCAAGUACAGCAGCCAGACAGCCUGGAACGGAUUUAACACCAGGGCAGAGUCUAGCAGAUAAGUAUUAACAGUGGCACACAUGUCAUUCAAGUGGGCUAUAUUAAAAUAAAUCCGCCUAUGGGCCGAUGCUUGUCAGACGUUAUGAAUAGAAUGCGACGUUACGAUCUCAGGCCGACAUCGGCGAGACGUAUGUGUGCUAUAUGGAUAUAUAAUGAAAAGCCUCUAUCUGUGCACAAGAGUGCUGUGGAUUCCGGGUCGAUAAUCUCAGUGUGGAAAAAUGGGUGAGUGGGGCAUUAGAAGUGACCACUCUAUAUUUGGCUUGGUACUUUACCUUGGAUAUUUUAAGCUAUAUUACAACUAUGGGUAGGUUAAGGAUUGCUUAGCUUUGAAUAACUCUUUGAAAAUAUUGCCGUGAAAUAUCUGUUUUGGGUAAAUUCACUGCCAAACAAUCAAUCAAUCAAUUUCACACUGACCUCAUCUGCAGGUUUAUCUGUUUCAUCCUGAAAAAAAGGAAAUUCUAAACCUAAAAUCUUCAAAAGUUCUUAUUCACAAAAUACUUAAAGCUUUAUAAUGUGAUGUUUCCUUUACCAGGAUGUUUUGACACAAAUGUGCAAAAGAAUGUAGAGUAUAGCAUGCUUAAAUGCAAAACUAAUGGUCAAACAUGAUCAAAACUGUUAAAACUAUGAGGGGUUGAAUGCACGCAAAGCUAUAAGAAAACAAACACAACUACACUGACUGUACAAUCACUCAGUCAUUCUCGUCUGGACUUUGACUGAGCCAGUCAAGGACAUUACGUUCUUUGUAAACUGCUUGUGUGCCUGCUGAAUUGUGAAUUUUCAAUCCAGUCUUAAUUUCUUGCCUGACUCAUAUUUUCCUGGUGCAAGAAUCCACCUGUAGCCUACAUUGUACUAUGUGUUUUCCUUCAGUUCUGAAAUUAUUUGCCAUUCUUUCUGAUGAAAAUAUACCCAUAACGAGUCACACCACACCUGGGAGAGAAGCUACUCAUGGCUACCAUAACGUUAGUAAUUUAGGGGGGGGGACAGGUAAAGUGUGUUUGCAACAAGCCAUGACAAUGAAAAAUAGCAUACAUGUUAGAAAACUUAAUUUUUUUGUUAACGAUACUGCAAUCUCUCAGUUUACCAUCCUGUACAGUAGGGGGCAGAAAUAGCCUUCUAGGCUUUAAUUCGCCGUUGAAAUAACAUAGAGGAAGAACAAAAUGGCGAAUGCCGUAGCGCUUGGAGGAAGCGCAAUGCUGAAACGUGAACAACGCGGUCAAAAGCAACGGCGUGCCGCCUUCAAGAAAGAAAGAAGGAAACGAAAACGUCAAGCCCUCGCAAAACUCAGAGACUCAGAAGUACAAGAGGAUGAGUCAAGAGAGGUAUCAGAUAAUGAUGCUGAUGAUGAUGAAGAUGAGGAGAGGAAGGCUGAAGAAGAAAGACAAAGACUUCACCAGCAGUGGCUGCGGAGGGAGGAGGUCGCUCAGGAGGAAUUCAGGCUGAAAACGGAGAGAGAGGAGGCAGCCAGGAAGAAACGGGAGGAGGAGGAGAAGAGAAUAAAGGAGGAAUGGGAGGAACAGCAGCAAAAAGAGAAGGAAGAGAGGGAACGGAAGCAGCAGGAGAAGAUGGACAGAGAGGAGGCAGUACAGAAAAUGUUGGACCAAGCUGAAAGCCAGCUUGAGAGUACAGGUCCGUGGAAAAACCCUGAGGCCCCAGUGGAUUAUGGGACAGAGAAGGACAGGGCCAACUGCCCUUUCUUCCUCAAAACUGGAGCCUGCAGGUUUGGAGACAGGUGUUCCCGCGUUCACGUGCGCCCCGCCUCCAGCACCACGCUGAUGGUCAAGGGCAUGUUCGUGACCUUCAGCAUGGAGCAGAGCCAGCGGGACGACUACGACACCGACGCCAGCCUGGAGUACAGCGAGGACGACGUGCACCAGCACUUCCUGGAGUUCUACCAGGACGUGCUUCCCGAAUUCAGGAACGUCGGGAAGGUGGUGCAGUUCAAGGUGAGCUGCAACUUCGAGCCUCACCUGAGGGGAAACGUGUACGUCCAGUAUGAAACGGAGGAGCAGUGCAGGGAAGCCUUCAUCGCGUUUAACGGACGAUGGUACGCAGGAAGACAGCUGCAGUGCGAGUUCUCGCCCGUCACAAGAUGGAAGACCGCUAUAUGUGGGCUGUUUGACAGGAACAAGUGUCCUAAAGGGAAGCACUGUAAUUUCCUACAUGUGUACAGGAACCCCACCCGGGAAUUCUGGGAGGCAGACAGGGAUCUGAACUCAUCUCCUAACGGUGCAAUCACUGGGUCGUAUUCCGAGCGUUUCUCAGAACGGAGAGAUUGGUCUAGCAGGCACCAUAACUACAGUCCCGAGAGGAAUGGGGGUAGGAGGUGGAGGGGCAGUUUCCGAGGGAGGCGGAGUCGCAGCAGGGAGAGGAGGCGGAGUCAAAGCUGGGAGGGGAGGAGUCGCAGGGAGGAGAGGCGGAGUCGAAGUAGGGACAGGAGAAGUCGAAGCAGGGAGGGGAGGAGUCGCAGGGAGGAGAGGCGGAGUCAAAGCAGGGAGGGUAGGAGUCAGAGGGAGGAGAGGAGGAGUCGAAGCAGGGAGGGGAGGAGUCGCAGAGAGGGGAGGCGGAGUCGAAGUAGGGACAGGCGGAGUCAAAGCAGGGAGGGUAGGAGUCGGAGGGAGGAGAGGAGGAGUCGAAGCAGGGAGGGGCGGAGCCACAGCAGAGACAGAGAGUCCCGGGGGCCGCAGCAGUCGGGGAGAAGCAGUGCCCGAGGGAAGAGGUCAGGGCGUGAGCAUCGGUCCCCGUCCCGGAGUAAGGACAGAGACGGGACGGACAGAUCACCCAGCCGGCAGAGUCCUGAAGGAGAAAAGAGACGGAGGAGUCGAACCGGCAGCCCCAAGGCCGUGGACGGAGAGGACAAAAAGCCCUCGGAGGGCAGUCCCGCUCCGCGCCGCCACAAACGCCCCAAAAAGAGCAGCAAAAAGAAGAAGAGCAAGAAGAAGAAGAGGGGAAAGAACAGGAGCGUCUCGCCCAGCGGCGGCUCGAGCAGGGGCUCUGAGGGAGAGGGAGCAGUGAGCCGGCCCCUCUCUCCUCCCGGCGAGGAGAACACCGAGACGCCCCAGGCCAGCGCCAGUCCAGCGGAGACAGACCUCCUCCAGCAAGGAGGUGAGGGAGCGGAGCUGCAGGAGGCGGAAACGGACGCUGAGCAGAACGCCGAGCGGAACACCAGUCCGUCUCCGCCAGCCUCGCUACUUGACGCAGUCUUGAGUUAAAACUGGAUGACUUGAGUUCUUAGAUUAAUAGCAUGUGUAAAUAAACCUUAUUUUAAUAAUA